GUACUUACUGUUAGUAAUUUAUUUUAAUCAACAGGUAUCUGUAAUCUUAACGUGGGGAGAUUAAUGAGUAUUUAAUAUCAUGGAGCUCGUAAUAUAAUUGAGAUAAGGACGGGAGUGCAAUUAUAAUUCUGUAGUGGGGUGAAUUAUAAUUAGUGAAAUAAGAAAUAAAAUCCUGGUGGGAUUAAGUUUUCUUAUUUACACUGGGAGCCCAGACUUAUUACUCCUUAGGUCCCUAUCGUAGCCCUAUAUAUACAUGUUAUGCUCUCUAGGUCAGGAGGAUGUUUUUCUAUUAUUCAGUAAAUAGAGGCAGGCUUAGAGAGAGCAAACAGAUCACGAAAGAGUCCACACUUGGUUCGUGUUCUAGACGUGUAGGGAAUACGAUAGAAGAUCGUAAGGUACGGUCGAGCAGUAUUCGUGAUUUAUAGCAAGACGUGCUAUAACAAGUUCAACCAGCGUUCGUGUCGCAGGGAGUUGAGAUUCAAAAAUGGGCUCUUUCAAUCCACUUGCCAUUAUUCUCAAAGAAAAUAAACUUACUGGACCAAACUAUGUUGACUGGAAAAGAAACUUGAAUAUUGUGUUAACUGCUGAGGGACACAAAUAUGUGCUAUCUACGGCGUGCCCUCCUAUACCUGAAGAAAAUGCCACAGAACAUGAAGCAAAGCCUUAUAAAGAUUGGGUUAAGGCUGAUGAGAUGGCGCGGUGUUAUAUUUUGGCUUCUAUGUCGAAUAUAUUGCAACAUCAGCAUCAAGCUAUGGAAACUGCUUCUGAUAUGAUGCUGAACCUCAAAGAAAUGUUUGGGGAUCAGAAUCGGGCAGCAAGGCUAGUUGCUAUGAAAGAAUUGGUGAGCAUCACCCAUGUUGAAGGGACCCCGGUUAGGGAUCAUGUUCUAAAGAUGAUAGCUCUUCUUAAUGAACUAGAGAUCCUUGGAGCUGAAAUUGAUGGGGAAACCCAGAUCGAUUUCGUUCUCAACUCACUGCAGUCUGAGAGUUUUAAGCAGUUUCGCCUAACUUAUUCUAUGAACAAAAUGCAUUUAUCUUUGGCGGAACUUCUUAAGGAACUCCAAGCAGCUGAGGGUCUUUUGGUUGCGAAGAAACCACCAUCAAUGCUAGUGGCAGAGAAGGCUUCUACUUCUAAGCCGAAAGGCAAGAAAAAACAGAAU